AUGCCGAAAGAAAAGAACUACAACCCUGUCCAGGACCACAAGAAGCAAGAGAAGCAGAAGCAAAUCAAAAAGCAAAAAGCCAAUCUCCAAGCACAACGCAACGAGAAACUCGCACGGCGCAACCCCAACCGCAUACAGCGCGACAUCGAUAAUCUCAAAGAAGCGGAUCAAGCCGGCGGCUUACGCCCACACGAGCGACAACGACUCACAGAGUUGGAAAAGGAUCUCGCAGCAGUCAACAAGGCGCGAGAGGCACUCGGCGACAAAGCACCACAAUUCAAGCCGGAACGAAGACACGACGAUGGCGGAGACAGAGGCGGGAGAGGCGGCCAUAGAGGCGGGCGAGGAGGCGUGCUGGGCAAGCGGACGCGAGACGGACAGAGGAAAGAAGACGACAGCAGCGAUACAGACGCCGAUGUACGAGACAUCCCCAUGCCGCGCGAUACACCGCCGCCCAUACCGCGUCAACGCAACCGCCAAGCACAAAACGAAGACGAAGCGGCCCAGCCUGAGCCCAAGAAGGCGCAAAUUGUGAAGCCACAAAGUUCAUGCCGACUGCGUGUCGCGAACAAGAUGAAGUUAGCCAAGGGCGAGGGGAGAUUGCUGGAGCCUGAGGAGUUUGAUAAGCUCAAGGAGGAGGGAUACAUGGACUCGAAGAAGCCUGCUGUGGAGCCGGAUGAGGAGAUGGAGGCGUUUUUGAGGAACCAUGGCACGUCGACAAUGGUCGAGGCUGAGCAAGCUGCAGAGGCGGCGGUGCAAGAGGCAGAAUACGAGAUGAUGGCUGCGGAAGCGAGUGGUGGGAUGCAGGGCAUACAGUCAGAAGCUGCCGUCGCAGAGAAUAAGUUGCGGCAUGUCGAGAUGGAAGAGGUGGCUGAUGAAGAUAUAUGA